AUGUGCUCGAAGUUUAUAUUUGUGGCGUUUGUGGCAAAACGUUCAAGCAAAAGAGUACUAUGCUCAGGCAUUAUCGUUGGCAUUUCGCUGGAAAAACAACAUGUAUGUGAAAUAUGUGGAAAAGGUUUUGUUGAGAGAAGCAGACUUACUCAGCAUUAUUUAAUCCACACAGGUGAAAAACCAUUUCAGUGUGAGGUGUGUAAUAAAAGAUUUAACAAAAAUAGCUCUCUUAAAACUCAUGCUCUUCUUCAUGGGAAAACAGAAGAUUCGGAUGAAGCGAAAAAAGAACAACCUUCUGAAGUUAAAAUUCCUAAUAAAGAAGAAAUAUAUCCAUGUAAAAAGUGUGAUAAAACAUUUAAUAUGAAAUCUAAAAUGAGAAAUCAUUUGCGAUACUGCUCCGGUGAAAAACCAUUUCUCUGUGAAUUUUGUGGAAAAUGUUUUGGUUCAAAAAGUGGUCUAGCACAGCAUCAGCUGAUACACACUGGAGAGAGGCCAUUUCAGUGUGAAAUAUGUGAUAAACGAUUUAACAAAAAAAGUAGCCCUUAA